AUGUCCAAGUAUAACCUCGUCGAAGUCGACACCCUCGACUUUCUCACUAUCGUCAAUGACGAGAUGGAUAAUAUCUCGCAUUCACCAAAUCCAGCAGUCAAGGCCGGAGGCUCCUUUAUGCACAUCCCCUUGACAGAUGUGCAGAAUCCACAAGCGUACGGAGGAGCUAAGAAGCAGAUGAGGAUGGAUAACAUUUGCUGCGGAGCACAUGGACUGUCGCUGAUGAUCACAGUCACGAGGGGAAAUACUAAGCAUACACUCCUCUUCGAUGCCGGACCGGAGGAAGAAAUCUUCGAGAAGAAUGCUUCACGACUACGAGCAGACCUAGGUUCGGUCGAACACAUUCAUCUUUCGCACUACCAUCGCGACCACUCCGGUGGCCUUUUGAAAGCCAUUCGCAUGAUCAAUUCCGCGCGACCGGCAGGCGCCUCUCCAGUCACCGUCGACCUCCACCCCAACCGACCUGAGUUCCGUGGCAUCAAUGCUGGCGGAUUGCCCAUCACGCUGGAAGCUGACCCCACCUUCGACGAGGUCGAGCGAGCCGGUGGUAUUGUCACCAAGAAUGCCGAUGCACACACAGCCCUAGACGACACCUUCUUCAUAUCUGGAGAGAUACCCCGCAUUACGCCGUAUGAGCAGGGGAUCCCCGGCGGUAUUAGAUUGGACAAAGCAGACGGGGAAUGGCAGCCCGACCCAUUGAUCAUGGAGGAGCGCUUCACUAUGGUGAACUUGAAAGGCAAAGGCCUCGUCCUUUUUACUGGCUGCUCUCAUGCUGGCGUCAUCAAUGCCAUCAUCCACGCUAGCGAAAUGCUCCCAAAUGUACCCAUGUAUGCGGUUGUGGGAGGAUACCAUCUUGCCGAUGCCCCUGAUGAGAAGAUUCAGAAGACUGUCAGCGACUUCCAGGAUCUGAGCCCGAAAAUUUUGAUGCCGGGCCACUGCUCUGGAUGGAGGUUCAAGAAUGCUUGGGAUCGGGUCAAUCCGGGUGGUAUGGUGCCAGUGUUCGCCGGCCAACGAUACACACUUUAAAUUCACGCAAAAGAGGGAUGAAGUAUACUUUUUUUGUGCUCCACGUCCGAACUUCUCUCUCCUAUCUUCACAUUAUCAUACAACCCUUAGCAACCACAGGUUGGCCUACGGCCAGUCCAGUCCCAACAAACAACAAAGUG